UCUCCCAAAAAUGCAUUAACACUGCUGGGGAGUAUAAACUCCAGCAGACCAAAGAGGCUAUCCUCAUGCAAAGCGACUUUUAGAACGAAGACUCUACAUCGCAGUCAAGAUGAAGAAAGCCGUAAGCUUCUCGCUAAUUCUUGUGAUAGCUGCAAUUUCUACCCAAGUCGAGGGUGAAAAACGAAAGCCGCUUGGAACCCCGACGUCACCUCCCAAGACGGGAUGGAGAUUCGGGAAUGGUCCCUGCAUGUGUAACACAUCUACGCCAAAACACAAAACACAUCAGGUACACCCAACAGCAGGACAUCAUCCAUCUGGACCACAUGGUCCCCAAAUGCACCAUCCAUCCAAGCCUCAUGGACAUCAUCCAUCGCCGGGACCACAUGGUCCCUCAAUGCGUCCAAGAAGAAAUGGUCCCCAGGGACAUCAUCAUAAGGGUUCUCACCCGACUAGACGUCCCAUUCGUAACCAUAGACAGGGUGGUCCAAAGAAACACCAACGUGGUCCUCAUCAUCGCCAUGGCCCAAAGCGAAAACAGGAAACGAAAGUAUGGAGGAAAUGUGUUUGCAGAAAACCAGCAGAUAAGGGUUUCAAAAUAAAGUUCAGGAUGAUGAAAAAAUGGCUUCCUGACAUGGCAAACCCCGGGUCUAAAGCUUACAGACGACUGACUGACAAAAUUAAUAAGAAGCUUUCUAAAGUUCUUAAAACAGAGACGAAAAGCAUCUACAAUAUGCGCUUCACGAAAGGCAGCAUUGUGGCAGAGUUUGAAGUCAAGGAGUCGGAAAUCACGAAGGACCCAGAGAAAGCCUUGAGGCACUCCAUUUAUAAUGGUCAAUUGAAAGACUUGGAGAUUCAACCAGAAUCCUUAGUGGUCCAGGAGAGUUAUUCAGGAGUUAAACUGAGUGAAUGGAAAACAGACGAAUCUGAAUGUCACAGGUGUCACUCAGUCACGCAAACACGGGAAUGCACAGAGGUCACAGCCUCGUGUGAUGGAAUACCGCUGACCAGAAAUGCCAGCUGUUACGAUGCGUGUCCUCCUUCUCGAACAAUUGGAUGCGGAGGAUACAGCAGAUUUCAAAUCGCAAAAGUGAUGCUCAUUGUUUGUCUCAUCGUGGGAGUAUUGUUGAUCGUAGCAGCUUUGGUCGUAAUUAGAAUCAAAAGGGCUCGACGCAACAAUCUCAAAGAAAGUCCCUCGACCAGCUCUUUCAAGCCAUUUGUGACAGAAGAUAACCAUAAACUUCAAUCAAAGUGUUAAAAAAGCAUUUACUGAAGCUGUCAAAACGGCCUACUAUAUGCACGCUACUUUAAAUUGCACAACUCUUCGACAAUACUUUUAGUUCUGAUUCUACAUGAAGUAAAUAGUUGAAUGGUAAAAUAUUUCUUGACUUGAGUGAUGCCUCUUUAAUUAAGUCAUGAAUCAAGGUUUAUACUUCCAAUAUAUUAAUGACUUUGAUGUCAGGUGAGGUAUUUCAGUUUAUUUGUUGUAACUAGUAAUACUAUAAAUUUAAAAUACCCUUUAUGAAAGCCAUGAUUAAAAUAAUGAUGCUUUUGAAAUACUGGUUGUGCGAACCAGUUCAAUUUUGUAUUUUUAAUGCACGUCACAGUCGUUAACAUAUUGGAAGUAUGAACCUUCAUAACUUAAAGACGCAUCUCUCAAAUCAGGAAACAUCUUACUAUUCGACUAUUUACUUCAUGAAGAAUCAGUACUGGAAAUAUUGUCGAAGGGUUCACUUUAACGACGAGUUCGAAGCACUGAAGUCAUUGAGAAAGGUGGACUGUAUUCUUUGUAGUGUUUAUAUUUUGAUUUAACAAGUAGGCGUACGUGUUCAGUUUUGUACAGUUAUUCACCACGAGCAAAUACCAAUCGACAAGGAAAGAAUCAGCCAAUCAAAAAUAUCAUAAUAAUCAACCAAUCACGCACUUUGCUUUAAACAUGUGGUGAACUUAUUUUAUCAAUAAACGUCACGAGCUUUUUUACCUUGCAA